UUUGCCCGCUCCCUGGCCGGCCCCGCGCCCGGGACAGGGACCGGGCGGAGCGGAGCCGUUGCGCCAGCGCUGCGCCGCGGGUCGGUGCGCCUAGCGGAUCGGAGCUGUGCGCGGAACUGCCCUGCCCCGCCCCGCUCCACCCGCCGGGAGCUGCAGCUCUUUCCCUCAGAGGUGCCUGCUAGCAUGGAGGGAGCUGGUCAGAGUGGAGAGGCACUUUGUGCUCAGAACCCUUGCAGGUGGCCCGAGGCAGCCGGGAUGACAGCUCCCCCCAGGAAGCCCACCUGCUGAGAAACAUGAUCAGCAAGUCCCCUCCUCUGUGCAUGUGCCCUGCAGGCUGGAGGCUCCUGGCCAUGCUGGCUCUGGUCCUGGUCCUCAUGGUGUGGUAUUCCAUCUCCCGAGAGGACAGGUACAUCGAGCUUUUCUAUUUUCCAAUCCCAGAGAAGAAGGAGCCAUGCCUACAGGGCGAGGCAGAGCGGAAGGCCUCUAGGAUCUUUGGCAAUUACUCCCAAGAUCAGCCCGUGUUCCUGCAGCUUAAGGAUUAUUUCUGGGUCAAGACACCAUCUGUCUACGAGCUGCCCUAUGGGACCAAGGGGAGUGAAGACCUGCUCCUCCGGGUCCUGGCCAUCACUAGCUACUCCAUACCCGACAGCAUCCAGAGUCUCAAGUGCCGCCGCUGCGUGGUGGUGGGGAACGGCAGCCGGCUCCGCAACAGCUCGCUGGGAGACACCAUCGACAAGUAUGACGUGGUCAUCAGAUUGAACAACGCCCCAGUGGCUGGCUAUGAGGGUGACGUGGGCUCCAAGACCACCAUGCGUCUCUUCUACCCCGAAUCUGCCCACUUUGACCCCAAAGUGGAAAACAACCCGGACACACUCUUGGUCCUUGUGGCUUUCAAGGCAAUGGACUUCCACUGGAUUGAGACCAUCCUGAGCGAUAAGAGACGGGUGCGAAAGGGUUUCUGGAAACAGCCCCCCCUCAUAUGGGACGUCAACCCCAAACAGAUUCGGAUCCUCAACCCCUUCUUCAUGGAGAUCACCGCUGACAAACUGCUGAGCCUGCCCAUGCAGCAGCCACGCAGGAUCAAGCAGAAGCCCACCACAGGCCUGCUGGCCAUCACGCUGGCCCUCCACCUCUGCGACCUGGUGCAUAUCGCCGGCUUUGGCUACCCGGAUGCCUACAACAAGAAGCAGACCAUCCACUACUAUGAGCAGAUCACACUCAAGUCCAUGGCGGGGUCAGGUCACAACGUGUCCCAAGAGGCCCUGGCUAUCAAGCGGAUGCUAGAAAUUGGAGCCGUCAAGAACCUCACGUACUUCUGACCUGGGCAAGGACUGUAACCCGUCGGUGGCCCACGCCGCUCCCAGGGGCACCCCAUCCAUGGCUGUGGGGCGCCUGGGGCCCGCAGGACCACUUGAACUCGACUUCCCCAUUUGGGGAGGGAGUCCCGAGCCUGGCCAGGCCUGACCUCAGGCCAUGUCCCUGGCUGCUGCUGUGGAGGUCCAUCCCCGGUCAGGGUGAUGGCCCUGUGGCCGUGGGAGCCUGGCCAAGGCAGGGGGCUUAUUGCUGUGGCAGCCUCUCUCUGCCAGCACCAAGAGAUUAUUUAAUGGGCUAUUUAAGUACGGGGUAGGAAAGCGCUGUGGGCUGGUCCCACGGCAUCAGAAGAGGGGCACAGCACAGUGCUCCACCCACUUUUUAUAAAAACCUAAGUCAUGAGCCCACCAAAGCCCACCCAGACCCAGCCUCCCAGGGGGGCAGGGGCGUUUGGGGUGGGUGGGUGCCCUCCAGAGAGCGGCUGCUACCUCCCAACAGGCUUGGGAAAAGCACUGGUAUGGGGGUUCUAUCCAGAAAGGGACCUCACCUAGAAAAGAGGUUUCAAACCUAUCAUUAAACUAUUUUUCCUAAAACGGAA